UUCUUCUUCGGUAAUAAUAAGAUUUUCAUUGUGCGGUGAUGUGACCGUCGACGAUGGGUUCCAAGCCACUUUGAGAUAGAGAAAAAGUAAGAGGAAGAGAGAGAGAAAGAGAGAGAGGGAAAAGGACAGCACUUACUUACCUCAAAGAGGGAAAGAGAGAGGAUAUCGCGGACAAAAAACGAAGAGGUGGAGGAGGAUAACGCGGAGGAGAGGCUGGAGCGCAGGAAGCGAUGGUGCGCGAGAGUUUUAGAACGUGGACCGGAUCCUCGGGGGCUUCCUGCUGGCCCCUGAUAUUCCUGGCCCUCGUUUUUUCGGCUCUAUCAAUUUUCACCGGCAUCGCCGAGGCUCAGUGCGGUGCCUCGGGCUCGGCUUCGUCCCAGCAGGACAAGCUUGCUCUCUACAAAGUCACCCUUAGAACUCACUGGUCCAGAGCUCGUUUUCCUCGGCAUUAUCCUGAGUGGCAGCCACCCGCGCAGUUCGGCAAGCUGAUCGGUCGGACCCACGACGCGUCGUACAGCCUCUAUCGCCUCGGGGAAAGACUGUCCCAGGGUGCGCGUCAGUACGUGGAAACGGGUCGUGCGGACGGUUUGGACGCGGGUGGAGACGCCCCGAACACUCUGCACUCCUUCGUCGGCCCCCCGGUGCCCCAGGGUGAGGGAACGAGCAUCGGACGUGCCUUUCUCGACGGCAACCACACCCUGGUGAGCGUGAUGGCGCGGAUUAACCCGAGCCCGGAUUGGUUCGUCGGCGUCGACUCCUUCCAGCUAUGCGUCGAGGGAAAUUGGGUGGACUCGGUUACAGUCGAGCUCGAUCCUCUCGACGGCGGCACCGACAACGGCUUCACAUUCACCGCCGCCAACUGGCCGACCCAGCCGCAAGGCGUUGCCUACAGAAUCACGUCCAGGUACCCGGCGCAUCCCGCGGGAAGCUUCUACUACCCGAAUCUGCCUCGAUUACCUCCGUUGGCCACGCUCACGUUCACCAAGCUCAGGGAAUACACUCUCACUGAAAGAUACCACGAGGACGAUGUAGAGAUGGAAUUUGUAAGCAACGAUGAACUCAUGUCCCAGUCUUCCGCGGCAAGGGUCAUCGACCCAAAUCGCGACCUCAACGAGGCCAUCGCUGAGGAACGCAGGGAGAUGGACCCCCACAGAUACAGGUACUGGACAACCGACAACAAUCAGCUGGUCACCGACCUUCCGAGGGACAACAAGGAGGCCAUCCUACACAGCAUAGCUUCCACUUACGCCCAGCGGGGAAAAGCCCCGACUCCAACACCCGUUUCCUGGCCGACAAGGGGCGACAUGGCGAAGACGUCAAAGGCGCCCGGAUGGCCCUAUUACCAUACCAUGUAUCAGCAGCAGCAGCAGAAGCAGCAAAACUCGAACCUUCAAAGAAUCCACUCGUUCGAUAACAGCCAGCAAAAAAUUAACGCCGACGAUCGGAAACGGAACUCGACCCUACUUCGACCCUGGGGAAACUUCACCACCGCGGUUGACCGUGUCCAUCGACUCAGAGUCAAGCACCACAGACUACCGUCGAAGGGAAAACACCCCAGAGUUCGAAUGCCAAGGAACUGUAAGGUCGGGGAAUGGGGACCGUGGAGCGCGUGCAGCAGGAGUUGCGGGGUCGGCGAGACGCAGAGAACGAGAAAAAUCACUGUGAAACCUCGCAGGGGUGGAACGCCCUGCCCUCCGUUGAAGGAGACGAAAUGGUGCGGCAGCGCGAGUCCUUGUUCACCGGGCAGCGGGAAGCAGGUUGUCGAUAUAUAUCAGUGGUAGGGAAGGAAAAUUAAUAACCGAAGUAAAAUCAACGGAUAGAUACCGAAUACGAGAGUACAUACUAUAUACAUUAUAUAGAGAAAGUUUAAGAAUUGAAGAAGAACAGGAUAGUAUAGUAAUUAUACAUACAUACAAUUAUGUAACGAUAAGCCAAAUACUUGAAAACCAAAGAUAUAUAAAAGGGCGAAAGUAGCGACCACCCCCAUCACCUCCGUUCUUGUAUGCAUCUCUUUCAGCUAUGCAAGUAUGCAUGUACAAUUUAUAUAUAUAUAUCAUAUAUU